AUGCGACCAUAUAUACUCUUGAAAUCAUUUCCAGGAAGUUUAGCCGCGUGGUCACGCGAGAAAUCGCCGAGGAGAAUCCGAGCCGCAGUGGCUAGUUCGGCUCCAUUGCUGGCGAAAGUUGAUUUUAAUGAGUUCGACAAACAAGUGGAAACAAUUCUGACGAAGUCUGAUCCAGACUGUGUGUCAAACAUAAGAAGUAUUUUCCGAUUGCUUGUCGAGAAGAUGAAAACGCUGAAGGGAAGGCGUGAAAUUGUACGGGUGUUCAGAUUGGAUGAUUCUCUAUUACGGCCUGGUAUGAGUGAAAAGGACGUUCAGAAUUUUUUCUUUGUGGUGCGCAAUUACAUCAAUUUCAUCAUUAUGCACAGUGCAGUUAACGCGCGCAUUCAUCGUGAUCUGCUAACGCUUCACUCAAUGUGUGACAAACUGAGAGGUGGAACGUCGAUCAAACAGUUGCGAGAUGUAAUUUCAAUGGUCAUGAAAGCACAUGGCAAAUCGCCUCUUACGCCGAUUGAUAUCAGUUACAGAAAUUUUGUCGAGUUCAUGAAGAACGAACGCUUCGGAAGGCCAAGUUCACAACCACGAGCAUGGCUGUAUCAAAACUGUAACGAAUUUGGUCAUUUCACAACAAGUGAAGAUCCGAAUGGUCUUUUUGGUGAUACAGUUCCGUUGAGCUUCUUCAUUGAUCGAUGUCAACAUGUGUUUGGACCUGAGUACACUGAAGAAAGAAUCCUCAAGAAUAUUGCCGAUACGAACGACUAUUUUGGGGGAAAUCAACAUUUUCGGGUUUAUUUCACGUUUCGUAAUAAUGUUCAAACUUUUACACAAAUGGAAGAUCGCAAAACAUUGAUGGGAUUUUAUACGAUGAAAAUGAGCGCUUUUAUCAACAAAUCUUAUAGAGAUUGCCUUCUCAAAUCGCAUAUUCUGUUAUAA